AACGUGUCUUAAGGAGGGAUUUGGUCAAUCUGAGUUUCAGACUGUUGGAGCCUCGAGAACAGGCGAACAUGCCAACACCGAGUAUUUACCGGGGAAAACACGGUAGAAAGGAGUCUUCUGUGAGAGGAGAUCAGCCGCAGUGACUGAUGGGAAACUGAAGAGGAAGUUUUUAACUUUUUAACAGAGUCCGUUUACCUGCCUUUUAGCCUGCUAAAGGCUAAAAGUUUGUGGAGUGUUUGAGUGUGGCCAGGAAGUAGACGGAUCCAUGUCGGUGGAAUGUUUGAGUGAGUGAGGCCAGGAACUAGACGGACCCAUGUCGGUGGAGUGUUUGAGUGAGUGAGACCAGGACUUAGACGGAUCCAUGACGGUGGAGCUUGUUGUUUGAGUGAGUGAGGCCAGGAAUUAGACGGACCCAUGACUGUGGAAGGAGUGCGACACUCCCCGAUCCUGUCUGCCCUGUUCGGCAUGACAGAGGAGCCCGAGCUGCAGGGAGCCGCUCCGCUCAUCAAAGAACGACUGUACUUCGCCACGUUACGCAGCAAACCCAAAAGCACCGCCAACACGCACUACUUCUGCACUGAUGAUGAGUUCCUCUAUGAGAAUUUUUACGCAGAUUUUGGUCCUCUCAACCUUGCCAUGCUGUACAGAUACUGCUGCAAACUCAACAAGAAGCUCAAGUCCUUCACUCUUACGAGGAAGAGGAUAGUUCACUACACCAGCUUCGACCAGAGGAAGAGAUCCAAUGCUGCUGUGCUAAUUGGAGGCUACGCUGUGAUCUACCUGAAGAAAACUCCAGAAGAAGCCUACAGAGCUCUGAUAUCCGGCUCCAACGCCUCCUACCUGCCUUUCAGGGAUGCUUCUUUUGGGAAUUGCACUUUCAACCUCACUGUGCUGGACUGUCUGCAGGGCAUCAGGAAGGCUCUGCAGCACGGCUUCUUUGACUUUGAGACAUUUGAUGUGGACGAGUACGAACACUACGAGCGUGUGGAGAAUGGAGAUCUGAACUGGAUUGUCCCGGGGAAGUUUCUGGCCUUCAGCGGUCCUCACCCUAAAACUAAAAUAGAGAACGGUUACCCUCUCCAUGCCCCUGAGGCGUACUUCCCGUACUUCAGGAAACACAACGUGACCACGAUCAUCCGUCUGAACAAGAAGAUCUACGACUCCAAGCGCUUCACGGACGCCGGCUUCGACCACUAUGACCUCUUCUUCGUAGACGGCAGCACGCCCAGUGACAUCAUCACUCGCCGCUUCCUGCACAUCUGUGAGAGCACAGAUGGCGCAGUCGCCGUUCACUGCAAGGCUGGUCUUGGCAGGACAGGCUCUUUGAUUGGCUGUUACCUGAUGAAACAUUACCGCUUCACAGCGGGUGAAGCCAUCGCCUGGAUCCGGAUGUGCAGACCAGGCUCAGUGAUCGGACCUCAGCAGAACUUUCUAGAAGAGAAGCAGCCAGCCAUGUGGUUGAUAGGCGACAGCCAGCGCUCCCAGAAGGCCAAGCUGGAAGAGAGGGCAGUUCCUCAACUCAUCACCAGCAUGGACGGGCUCACGCUAAAACCCACAUACAACUCUACAAUCUCCGCCCACAACAGCAUCAUCAGCAGCUCUGACCGUCUGACUGAGAGUGAGAUGGUGGAAGGAGGACCAGCUCUGACUCAGGGAGACAAACUUAGAGCCUUAAAGAGCAGACGUCCACCCCGUCCUGCAACCACCGGAGCCCUCAGGGUGGAGGAGAUGAAGAUGCACAGCAGGUCAGCCUCACAGCCACUCAGAUUGUCGAUGGGUGCAGGUCAGGGCCCCUCCUCCCCGCUCAAGUCCUCCAAGUUCUCAUCAUCCUCUGCUUCUGCUGCCGCCAAGAGGAUUGGAAGAAAUCCAUCGUCAUCGGCGUCAAACAUCAGGAGCUCCCGGUUGGCGGUCUCUCUCAGUGAUCUGUACUCUGCAGACCUGGAGGAGGAGAGCUCUCCAUACUCCCCUCUUCCUCCCCCCUCCUCCUCCUCCUCCUCCUCCUCCCCCCCCAUGUCUCUCACUUCCUCCCCCUCCUCUUUGGCCCCAUCCUCUAUGAGUCGCUAUGGUAACAGCCCUCGCAGCCUACAGCAUGAAGUCAACAACAACAGCGGUGUGUUCGGGGGCUCUGCGGCGCCCCAUGCAGGGAAAAACCCAGGCUUGGUCCUGAGCAGGACGGGGCCUCAGGACUUCAGUCCAUACAGGGGCCUCUACAGUGGUCUGAAGGGCCCCACAGGACGCUACCUGAGCCGCUCCAUACCUUCGCUUCAGUCUGAGUAUGUCCAGUACUAAAUCUAGAGCCCCGACCUGAGGACUCAUUACCAACAACCCCCCUGUGUGGGAGGCUCAAAGGGAAGCUGAAGAAGCAGCAGAGUCCUGCUCAGUGACUGAAGAGACUGAGGCGGUACUGUGUAUAAGUGACAGUAUGUUAAUGACGUUAAUGCUAGCGAGCAUUGUGUUUUGUAAAUAUGAUGUAAAGGACACGUGUGAUUUGGCUGAAACAGAAGAUUUAUUUAGAUAAAGAGGACAGAUUUUAUAUUUGUGACAGAAGAAAACUUAUUUUUGUUUGAAGACUUUUUGAUAAACUGAAGGAUCAGCCACUGAUGACUCUCUGUCGUCAUGGUAACAGUAUUUACUUCACAUGACCAGCAGAUUGUUUUAUUUUCUGAUGAACUACAUUCUUUUAGAAACAGCAAUAAUAAUGACAGAUGAAGAAGAAGGGACCUAAAACCUCAGGGGUGUGUGUUUGAGUGAAUGUGUGUGUGUGUGAGAGAGAGAGAGAGAUAGAGAAGGCGGAGCCAGCAGCAGGAACCGCCCACUCAGCCUUAAAGAAGCAGUUUGAUUCGUUGUCGCGUUGGUAUAAAGUUUUGUGUUUGUGGCCUGACUUCAGCCCGACAUUCACCUUUUAUUUUUUUAAUCAUUGGGGGGUCUUUGACUAAAGUAUGUUUUCAUAAUUAAGUGAAACACUAACUGUGUGCUAAUCAGCCUGAGGUUGAUCUGCAGACACACCUGCUCUUAUUUAACAUGAAGCUUCUAUAAAUGCACGUGUGAUGAAGAUUAAUGUUCGAUCAUUAUUAAAACACAGAGGCAGCUGAUGUUUCUGUAUCAGUAGGUUCUUCUCUCUGCGUCUCCGUGUUUUAAAACCCAGAACUGAGAUUUGUAACUCUGAUAGACCUCUUGAGUAUUUGAUGAUAUAGUGGUGACCUUUGACCUCUGACAGCCUGUCUGCUGCAGCAGACUAAACCAGCACGGGUCAGACUCUGCGUUUGAUAAGUGAAUCGGGAGAGAAAAUGUUCGUCCUGAUUGUUGGACAGAAGAACUCUAAUGAAUCCACUAAUUUAAAGAAACAAAAAGAGAAACCAGUUUAUCUGUGAGGUAGAGCUUUCCUGUGACUCCCACCUAAGUUUACAUUUUUGAUUUGUGAUUUACUGCUCUGUAUAGAGAUUUCUGAGAAAGAGCAUUAAUCUCUGCAGGCUCAAAAGGAUCAUGUUAGGAUAAAUUAAAGCAGAUCUCAGAGCAGUAACAUUUAAGCUUCACGUUUCAGAUUCAGACAACUUUAUUGAUCCCAAGAAGGGCAAUUCAUUUAUAGCUUACCAUACAACAUUUAACAUCUGCAACACAUCCAUCAUAUAUACAUGCUCCAAUCAAAUUCAUGUUUGAAGUUAAACUCAGCUGAACAGAGUCGUGUUGAUGUUUCAGUGAGAUAUGACUGAGUUAAAAUGAAACUAAAGACACUCACAAUACAGAUAAUUGAAAUGUUUAUGAUCUUGUUAGUGAUCACGUGACCCCACCUGAGUGGCUGUAUUGAGGUCAGCUGACCUGGGUGUUCUGAUUGGCUGAUACAAGGUUUUAAAUAUUUAAACAAUAUUGGAGGCAAGUCGGACCGAUGGAUGUUUUAGUUUCUACCUCGUCUAAUAAAGAAAGAAAGAAAGAAAGAAAGAAAAAGAAAGAAAGAAAGAAAGGAAGGUACUUUAUUGAUCCCCAGGGGAGAAAUUCAAUUUUUUCCACUCAUGCUAUUUUUUGGACAUGCUACACAUACAGUUUUUUUGGUAUAUACAUACAAAUGCACACACAUGCAGUGAACAUGCUUAGGGAGAGAUGUCAGUGAGGAAACUGCCGUCAACCAGCACACCCAGAGCAGUUGAAGGUCUCCGUUUCCUGUUACAUUAAUGUCCUGGGUCACAGAGUCUUCAAAUUGUCUUACAUGGAAACUUUACAGACCUUUUAAGAAAUAAAAGCUCAGUAGAGCAACAGAGAGAAAACGUUGUUAAGUUGUUGAAGGUAAAUGUUUGUGUCACUUCCUGUGUGUUCACCUGGCAGGUCUCAGGUGUGUCAUAGUGUCAGUCAGGUCUCAUGUGUGUAACAGCGUCAGUCAGGUAUAUUGAUGUGAAUCUACUCAGGCUGAAGUCACAGAAGUGCCUUUAAAGAGUUAAAUCCUGUCUGAAUGUUCCCCGUUUGCUUACAGCAGCAAAGGGCUUUUAUUUUGAAAGUAACCCCAUGUCUAAAUGAGGAACUUGGUUGUUCCCUGUUGCAGAAUGUCCUGUUUGUGUUUUUAAAGAGCUACUGAAGUCUUUUAUGAAGAGAAAAGUUGGAAAAUAAUUUGUAGUAGUUUCUGAGUUCCUAUCUGAGCAAUAACAGAAAAUAAAAUCAUUGUUCUUCUCA